CCUACAGACGAGUGAGGAUGUGCGAGCUCCGAGUUCCUGCGAAAUUUCGUUCUACGUUUUCAAUAGUGCAAUAGCAUAAUAAAAAUCUUGGAAAAAGUGUCAGUGAAGGUUUCGUUUGUACAUGGCGAACGACGUAAUGCAGGAUAAGUAAAGAUGUGAACGUGCCAUGAAGCGUCGAGCUGAGGAAAUUUCAAGUGUGGGCCAAUGUGACCCUCAGUCUUCCACUGAUCACUACCCAUCCCAUGCUCAACAACAACACUUCAGUGUUGCAGACCACCAACAUAUUAGUGUGACAUCUUCACCUCAUCACAAUGCCAUUCCAUUGUCAUCCUCAUCUUCUUCGCAGGUUUUGUUUGGUUCCCAUUUUUCUGACUCUUCAUCUAGUAAUGCUAUAUCAUCAUCUGCUAGUGUUACAUAUACUCAUGUAAACAACCCUGCUUUCUGCAGUCGCACCCACACACCUCACCCUAACGUUGCACAUCAUUCUCUUAUUAACAUCCCAUCUACAAACUCUAGCAAUUCCCUCAAUUAUGGCCUUGGACCCUCAAGACUCUCUGGCUCUACUCUGACUUCUGGUAGCACUGUUGUUAUACCUGAAGGAAUACCUGUUUCUCUGUCCAACAACCGACCCACUACUCUGGGUGUUGUCUCGUCAAACAACCAGACUGUUGCAGCCGUGCUAAGUGGUGGUGUUGGGCGAUCAUUGCAGACGCUCUCGUCUACACCACCACAGUUCGUGGCCAUCAGUAGUGCUCCUGGUGGGCUGUCUGAAGCUUCACUAAUGCAAGAACUACAACCAUUCACAAAUUCUAUCUCAGUUAACAGCAAACUGGAGAUGCCUCACCAGAUCACGCCAUACUCGCCCUCCCUCAGUGCAGCAUCUGUCUCCCAGGUUGGUGGAGGCAUGACAGGCCUGGGUGGUGGCAGCGUGGUGCUUGCCAGUGGAGUAUCAGGAGGUGGACCGGCAACUCUGUCAGCUCCCUUACAUCACCACCAUCAUCACCAUCCACAGCAGUUGCCACAGCAGCAGGCUGUCCCAAUCAGCGUCUCUGCUGUGGCUGCCGCUGUGCCAGUGUCCAACAAUCUGCAGCAGCCUCCUGGCGGGCAGUUCCAAAGAUUAAAAGUUGAAGAUGCAUUGUCCUAUCUCGAUCAGGUGAAGCUACGUUUCGGCAAGCAGCCUCACGUCUACAACGAUUUUCUUGACAUCAUGAAGGAAUUCAAGUCUCAGAGCAUUGACACGCCGGGCGUGAUUGCUCGAGUCUCGCAACUUUUUCGCGGUCACCCCGAACUAAUUGUGGGCUUCAAUACUUUCCUGCCUCCUGGCUACAAGAUAGAAGUCAGUACCACCAUACCCGGCCAGCAUACCACUGUGGUGCACACUCCUCAGGGUACCCAGCAGCACUUCACUUCCACUCCUGUCAUGAUACAGCAGCAACAAUCUCUUCCUCCUCAAAUCCAGCAGCAGAAUGUUCAGGCGCAGCAUCCUCCACAGCAACAAACUCUGCACCUUCAGCACCAGUCUACGGCAAUACCUGUCGUAUCACAGUCGUCGCUUGCUCAGCCAUCUUUGCAAUCCAUCACGCAUCAGCUCCAGCCAGCUCCUGCUCUCCAAGCCGCGCAAAAUGUCACCAUGAAAACGCCCGCAAUUUCUCUCAUACAUCCUCUUCAGCGAGGUUCGGUACUCGGUAUUGCCGGCAGCCUAUCCAUGAGCAACAACUCCACUGCCGCUGCUGAUGUGGUGAGCAGCAGUGCAACCUCCAUACUUGACCGACAAGCUCCCGAUGCCAGUCUGACCCAGCAAACAACAUCCAUGCUACUAUCACGUCAGCAGCAACAAGGAUCUCCGCCUUCAGUGUCCAUUCAGCUGCCCUGCAAUUCAGCUUCUUCCCAACUAAUGGCGACGGGGCAUCAAGGUAGCCAAGUGUCACUGCUAAACUGUUCAUCUCUUGGAGCUGCUCAACAGCCGCAGCAAUCCUCCAACAAUCUGUUGUCAACCAACACAGCACCUGUGAACAAUCAGCUUCGUGACGCCCACUGCCAGCCUGGCAUGAGUGCCGCCGCUGCGGCUGCUAUCAAUGCUGGUCUACACCAUCAUCAGCCGGCAUCACAACCUGUCGAGUUCAACCAUGCUAUCAACUACGUCAACAAAAUUAAGCUCCGCUUCCAACUUCAGCCCGACAUCUACAAGCAGUUCUUGGAGAUCUUGCACACCUACCAGAAGGAACAGCGCAGCAUGAAGGAAGGCAGUGCUUUGCAACCUCGCCCUGGAACUCUUACUGAGAAGGAGGUGUACGAAAAGGUGGCAAAGCUUUUCGAGAAUCAAGAAGACUUGCUGCAAGAGUUCAGUCAAUUCUUGCCUGACGCGACCAAUAGUACUGUGGCUCAGGCUGCUGUGUCGGAGUAUUACUUGGACCAGUGUUCCCGGGGCGGCCCUCUCCUGCCUCCUGGCAAAGGAACCGUGCUAGAUCACUUACCGUGCGGAGGUGGUGGCAAGAAGAACUCGAUGCUCGGCUGCUUGUCAGGCAGCGUCGUGGGCAUCAAGUCGCCCCUGGGCAACAGCGGCGGCACCAGCCCCGUCUCCAUCGCAAGCAGCCUCGCUGUCGGCGCCUCUUCUCCCAUCCUUUCCAAUAUGACGUCCAAAAACCUCACGUCUCCACAGCAACAUUCUCCGGCGCAAAUGGCGCCCAUGGGAAGCUCAGGUCACCUGUACAACAACAGCAGCGGCGGCAGUAGUCAUCUGAAGAGGAGCAACAACGCAAGCCAUGCCCAUCAGCCACCGGGCAAACGCAUUAAACUGUCCUAUCUCAAAGACGUGAGUGCCGCAGAUGCAGGAAAAUACGCCACUCUCGCCGAGUACGACUUCUUUGACAAGGUACGCAAAGCCAUACGACACGAGGAGACCUACAACAACUUCUUGCGGUGUAUCACGCUCUUCAAUGAAGAGGUUGUCAGUCGUACUGAGCUCAUCCAGCUCGUGCAGCCUUUCCUCAACAAGUUUAGCGAUCUCUUCAAGUGGUUCAAGGAUUUCGUUAGUGGCACUGACGCUGAGAACAUGAACAACUCCGACGUUAUUCCAUCCAACGUAGCAAAACCUGAACGCCUUGCAGGCGACUACUCUGGAGAAAUAGAUUACAGCACAUUACGGCGGAUAGGCGCCUCCUACUGCGCCUUGCCCGACGAGUGGCCGCAGGAAAAGUGCAGCGGCAGGAGCAAAAUGUGCCGAGACGUCCUGAACGACGUCUGGGUCUCCUUCCCGUCCUGGUCAGAGGAUGCCACUUUCGUCAGCUCCCGGAAGACGACUUUUGAGGAGUACAUAUAUAGAUGCGAAGACGAGCGCUUUGAGCUUGACGUGGUGCUGGAGACGAACCUAGCGACGAUGCGCGUGCUGGAGGGCGUGCAGCGCAAGCUGAACCGCAUGAGCGCUGAGAGCGCCGCAAGGUUCACGCUAGACGACUGCCUGGGCGGCUCGUCGCCCACCAUCCACCAGCGCGCUAUACGCAGGAUUUACGGCGAUAAAGCGCCCGAUAUCAUUGAUGGGCUCAAGAAAAACCCCAUUGUUGCUGUACCACUCGUGCUCAGAAGAUUAAAACUCAAGGAUGAAGAAUGGAGAGAAGCCCAGAAAAAUUUUAAUAAAGUGUGGCGGGAGCAAAACGAAAAGUAUUAUUACAAGUCCUUGGACCAUCAAGGCAUCAACUUUAAGCAGAACGACGUAAAGAUGUUACGCUCCAAGAUCCUACUGAACGACAUCGAGAACUUAUUCGAUGAGCGCCACGACCAAGCUGAGGACGGUGAGGUAGCCACCGGUCCGCACAUCACGCUUCAGUACCCGCCUGAGAAGUUCAUCUUGGACGACGCGUCUAACCUGAUCAUCCACCACGUGCGCCGCCAGACCGCCGUCCACAAGGAAUACAAGGCUAAGAUAAAGCAGCUCGUGCGUCACUUCAUUCCUGACCUGCUCUUCCAUACUCGGCAGGAGCUUUCUGACGACGAAAAUAAUCUGGAAGACGAAGAUGAGGAUGAAGACAUGGAGGAUAAGACAGAAGAUCCUCCCACCAGUGACGACAAGUCAGCUGAUCGUCCAGCCAAAGACCGCGAGUGCAAGCAAGGCAGUGACAGUAACUCUGGCCACGCCACCAAAAGGAAAACUCGCAGCAAUAAAAAUUGUUCAGAAAUUUCAGAGAACCCAUCCAAAGGCCUGGAUGACAGAGGCAAAAAAGAUAACAAUUCUUGUAAUAAUGUCAAGGAUGAAGAUGACAAUUCUGAAGGCAAUGUUGGUGGCGAAGUUAGCGUUAGUAAUAACAACGAUAACAAUAAUAGUUCGCCCAGUAGAGGACAUGGAAACAUCCACAACAACAACAACAACACCAUUCAAGUGAAGGAAGAGAACAUGAAAUGUGUUGGGAGCGGCGGUGUGAACGGCCUUGUUGCUGAUGUCGACAGAGUCAACAUCAAGCUCGAGGAUAUCAAGAAGGAAGAACAUGAUGACGACACGGAGGCUUCUGUUGUUGGAGGAAACUACAAUUCAGGCGAAGAAUAUCGGUUGUUUUUGUGCAACAACAACUGGUAUCUCUUCCUGCGGCUGCACCAGCUGUUGUGUCAGCGCUUGUAUGCCAUCUACUUGCAAGCCAUCCAGCUUGCCAUGCAGGAGAGCAAAGAGAACACGUCCAGAAGUCAGAACACGGCACUCAUGCUUCGUCUCAAGCCAAAGUGUGAAAUUCCGCUAAAAGCGUGCUACCCCGCGGUGCUCGAGAUGGUACGUAACUUGCUGGACGGCCACUUGGACUACAACACGUACGAGGACUCGCUCAGAGAGAUCUUCACCAUACACGCCUACCACGCAUUCACGCUCGAUAAGGUGGUGAGCGGCGCGGUACGACAGCUGCAGCACCUGGUGUGCGACGAGGCGCCGGCGCAGUGCACCAGCGUAUACUUGGCCGAGGGGCGGCGCGGUGGCGCAGGCGGCAGCCUUGCCUCCGCCGACGCCAGGGCGCCACUAGAGCUUCAGUACAUUCGCAACAUGGAGAAGUACCUCGCCGACGAGAACUGCUUCAAGAUAUACUCGUAUAAACGCAGAGGAACCCUCACGAUAGAAUUGCUGGACACUGACAUGGACGACAGCGAAGAGAACGCGAGCGGCACCGGCGGCAACAACGCUGCCUCGUCCGGCGAAGUGGCCACCACCACCACCACCGUCACCACCACGGCCGUGUCCUCCGUUUCUCCCACCGCUGGAGAGAGCAGCACUUGGUGUUCUAGAGGAGCGUCGCCCACGCUGCCCUCGGGUGUGGCCGAGGCGCAGCGGUGGCACGAGUAUGUCGAGAACUAUCUCUCUACAUACACUCUGGACUCGUCUCUGCCGGCGCAUCUGUUCGAGAAAGCCGUCUUCCGGAUGCGCAAUCUUGCCUCCUGGCGCCAGACCCUCAAACGAAGUCAAGAUAGCAGUGAAAGAAGUCCGGCUGUUCACAGGGAAGACAACACUCAGUGCAAGUUCAACCUCUCCAACUUGAAAGCUGUAAUUGUCAUGAACAGUGAUUCAUGCAUGUACAAAAAGCAAGCUCUCUAUAGAGCGAAAAAGUGUCACGGACCGGUGUCUGUGCGAAAGCGGUCUCAGUUCCGACGGUUCCACAACAGUUGGGUGCAGAAAUACGUGACGGACAGUGCAUCUCUCGCUACCCACAACUGGUUUAUGGGGCUCAGCGAUGGACUAAGACCAAAUAAAACCCUGCUGCAUAUCAUCAACAAGCCAUCCUCGCCACCAUUUGGUUCCUACAACCACUACACUUUUACGAUUCUUGAACCUCCUUCCAAGAACGCAAGUGCUUCAUCGUAAUGGGACAUCCCACACCCUUGAGUGUAUUUUGAAGUUCAGUGAAUCGAGUUCAAAUCGUGGUGUCUUCAAGAAGUUCAAUCGGUUAUUUAGAUUACCUAUAUAAACUAGUUAGUAUGUAAGCAGUGAAUCCGUGAAUAGGCAUGCUAGCGAUGUGCGUAUGCUAUUGCCAAGUGUUGUAUAAGUGACGGCCAAGCAUCGCUAUAGGCAGUGAUUUUCAUUAAGUCAAGAGUGUUUAUGCAGAGACAUACGUGUAUUCUUGAAGUAGUGAAUUGUUCUGGACCAUGCAUCACGUAAAGAAGCAAGUUUUAUCAACCAGUAUUCUGUAAAUGUGCGUAGAGGCUAUGAACCCAUUGUGCGAGAGGUUUUUUUUUUAAUCAAACUCAGUGGAAUUUACUGGCACUGUGAUCCAUAUGGACACUAGAACUUCGCGUUGAGGCCAUGCAAUCCAGAUUUUUGUAUUGCCAUAACUAGUAUUUUCAUACGUGUAGUAAUGUAUGGUGCUAAUUUCACUUAGGUACUCUCGCUCUCUUUCUUUCUCUAAGUGGAAGGAGUUAGCUCAGUGUUGUGACUCGUGAACUUACAGUCAAGGGAUAUGCGCUAGUUUCUUCACAAUUCACUAAUGAGAGGUUAAUAUUGAGCUACAUUUCAAACAGUUGCUUUCACAGUGAGUCUUCUUUUAAAUACUAGUUGUUUCGAAGUCUCAUGGACCAUGCAAGUUAUGACAAUUUUUUGUUAGUCGCUGUCUAGAUGUAUAUAUUUUUGUGAAAUGAAGUAGCACUCUUCUCUCGACACUCUUGGUCUAUGCAGCGCUGAGCGCUAUGCCCACGGUUCAAAGUAGUCUUAAGGAUGUUGGUUUAUGUCCCCUAGGGCUGCUGCUGUUCAUCUGUACAUUUUACUUUGGUUCUCAUGCUCCCACAUGACCAUCAUUUCUGUACUCACUAUUACCAUGUAAUUCGUGAUUGCUGCCUAUUGUUAUCACUAUUUGAUGAAUUAAUAUUUUCUCACCUGUGACUUCC